AAGAAAAAAGAAACAAAAAACCUAGAUGAGAUUUCACGCGGUAGAACCGUAGAAGGAAGGGGAAAGUUUUGGCCUUUCCCUCCCAUCUGCCGCCGCCGCUCAACACGCCGUCUGCCGCUUCCGGCCGCCACCAGCAUCCUUCUCUCUCUUGGCCCGCCUCCAUCCAUCUCUUGUGCUGCUGCUGCUGCUUCUGCUUCUGCUUCUGCUGCUGCAAUGGGGGAUUUAAUGGUGCUCUGGCGUGCUGCCUACAAUUAGGGCUAAUGCAAAGCUCUGAAUAACACAGUGUAGUUAGUUCUGAAUGGGGGAUGAAAUCUUGCUGGAGCGUAUACUCAAUGGAGAUGAGGAGCCCAAGGAUCUGCCUUUGGGACUGUUACAGCUCAUCACAAAUGAUUUCUCUCAAGACAGAAAAAUUGGCCAGGGUGGAUUUGGGGAGGUUUACAAGGGUGUGCUCCGAAAGGGGAUUAUUGUUUCUGUGAAGAGGAUGUAUGUGAACUUACACAGGCUUCGUGAUGAUGACAAGCUAUUUGAUCGUGAGUUUAAUAGCCUGAGGAAGGUUAAUCAUCGAAAUGUAGUCCGGUUUCUUGGCUUUUGUUCUAAUACAUAUCAGACAUCAAUACAAGAGGCUGGGUCAGAAGGAAUUAACUUGGCCAAUGUAAGAGAAAGAUUGCUCUGUUUCGAGUACAUCAGCAAUGGAAGUCUUGAUAAGCAUAUUACAGAUGAAUUAAGGGGACUUGAAUGGGAAACACGUUAUGAUAUAAUCAUCGGAAUCUGUAAAGGUCUGCGUUAUCUUCACAAGGAAAAAAAUAUUGUUCAUAUGGACCUUAAACCGGCCAAUAUAUUACUAGAUGGCACAUAUAUGGUUCCAAAAAUUACAGAUUUUGGCUUAUCAAGAUCAAAUAAAAACUCACAUACUACAGGUCUACGUUUUGGAACACGAGGAUAUGUCGCACCGGAAUACGAGAACGCUGGCAAAAUUUCAUCCAAGUCUGAUGUAUAUAGUUUGGGUGUCAUAAUCUUUGAACUAUUAACAGGGUCUAUGGGUGUUCCUGAUGAAAACAAUGUACUUCGAAGGUGGAGACACAGGUGGAAUAAGCCACCGACACUGCUGCAAUACCAGCAAGUAACUAGAUGCAUUAAAACAGCAGUACACUGCAGGCAGCAAGAGCCGGGAUGUAGACCUUCUGUAUCAGAAAUAAUAAGCUUUUUGAGUGAAAGCACGAAUGAGCACACUGACGGGAUAAGCCCUCUUUAUGAUGAAGAUGACAUGCUUGGGAUUAAGCCGCUCGAACUAGGGCUUCCUUCGGAACGUAAGGAGAUGUCAAGCUUCACAGUUGAGCUAACGAAUGGUACAGCUAACUGCAUGGCCUUCAACAUCCAACCGCCAAACACACCACGGUACAGUGCACAGCCAGACAAAGGCAUUGUGCGACCACAAUCCAUGUAUCGUGUGAAGAUAACUGUGCUACCACAAGAUAUACACCAUGCCGACAAAUUCAUCGUGAAGAGCAUGAAAGUGAGUGAGGGUCUUAGAGAUGAGGAUAUCACAGAACGCAUGUUCGAAGAGGCUGGUAAAAUUGUUGAUGAGGUGAAUUUGAUGGUUGUAUAUGAGCCUACGAAGCCCCAACAAAACUGCAAGAGUAUAGCAGAUACCAACAUGCCAGCUGAGGAAGUCCCUGAGGCGGAGAGGAGAAAUAUUGUUGGGUCUACCUCCAGAAAGGGCAAACUUCGUAGCGGUGGAAAUGCAGAGGCAGCUUCCACUGGCAUCAAUUCAAGGGUGCAAGGACAAUGUAAUUUCUACCCACCACAAAGCUCAUCACACAAUUCUCUGGGUUACCUGACGAUCCCGCUGCUGGACCGCGUGGCGGCCAAUGCCGGCGACGCGCUGGUGGCUGAGUUGCUGCGGGCGUGCGGGCUGGGCAAGGUUCGCCGGAAGCUGGAGUGCCACCUCGCCGCCAUCCAGUGUAUCCUGCUGGAUGCUGACGCCAAGAGCCGCACCAACGCUGCCGUCCACCGAUGGAUGACGGACCUCAAGACUGCCGCCUACCAAACUGACGACGUCCUCGAUGACUUCCACUACGAGGCGCUGCGCCGCCAUGCUGCCCAGAUCGGCCACGUUUCCACUGCACACAAGUUGCUGAGCUACUUCACCAUCAAUAGCCCGGUUGUUUUCCGUCUCUCCAUGAGCAUGAAGAUGAAGGAUGCCCUUAAAGUGAUAGAUGAACUGGUUCUGGAGAUGAACAAUUUUCACUUCCUACAACAUGCUGAGGCACGAAGCGUUGAUCAUCCGCAAACACACUCUCGAGUCGAUGAAUCAGUGAUUGUGGGCAGACAAGAUGAGAAGGAACUAGUGGUGAACAUAUUGCUUGAUCACUCUCACGACAAUAAUAAUAAUGACAAUGUCAUAGUGCUUCCCAUAGUUGGCAUGGGGUGAAUAGGUAAGAC